CUAAGGAAGUUGAAGCCGGCGGUUGGUCUGUCGGCAUCCGGCGCCUGGACAGUACGACAGACAGACAGACCGGACCGGCACCGCGGGGCAUGACGGGUGAGCCGGGGGGCACACAGAGGCAAAUCAAUGGUCUGAGGGCUGUAAGAGGUUUUCCUGCCGAGAGAGCGGUCUGAGCGCUGACGCCGUACACAGCAUGUCCAAGACGAAGAGCUCCGAGUCCGUGCGGGUUGUGGUGCGAUGCCGCCCCAUGAACACCAAGGAAUUGGCCGCUGCCUACGAAAAGGUGGUUAACGUGGACGUGAAACUCGGUCAGAUCGCGGUAAAAAUUCACAAAGGAGCCGCUAACGACGUUCCCAAAACCUUCACCUUCGAUGCCGUUUACGACUCCAACUCCAAGCAGGUGGAGCUUUAUGACGAGACGUUCAGGCCCUUAGUGGACUCGGUCCUGCUUGGCUUCAACGGAACGAUUUUUGCUUAUGGCCAGACGGGAACUGGAAAAACGUACACGAUGGAAGGAGUGCGGAAUGACCCGGAAAAGAGAGGGGUCAUACCGAACUCAUUCGAGCAUGUAUUCACACACAUCUCCAGGUCUCAGAACCAACAGUACCUCGUGAGGGCUUCUUACCUGGAGAUCUACCAGGAAGAAAUCAGAGACCUUCUUUCUAAAGAUCAAAGCAAACGCUUGGAACUUAAAGAGAGACCCGACACCGGUGUGUACGUCAAAGACCUCUCGUCCUUCGUCACAAAGAGCGUGAAGGAGAUCGAGCACGUUAUGAACGUGGGCAAUCAAAAUCGUUCCGUUGGCGCCACAAAUAUGAAUGAACAUAGCUCACGAUCGCACGCCAUAUUCAUGAUCACUGUUGAGUGCAGCGAGGUGGGUUUGGAUGGGGAGAACCACAUCCGCGUGGGAAAACUCAACCUAGUGGACCUGGCAGGGAGCGAACGGCAAACAAAAACUGGAGCUCAAGGAGAAAGACUGAAGGAGGCUACGAAAAUUAAUCUCUCCCUUUCCGCCCUGGGAAAUGUAAUCUCUGCCCUCGUUGAUGGGAGAAGCACCCACAUACCGUACAGGGAUUCCAAACUCACCAGGCUGCUACAAGAUUCCUUGGGUGGCAACGCCAAGACUGUGAUGGUGGCUAACGUAGGACCUGCUUCCUACAAUGUGGAGGAGACAUUGACAACUUUGAGGUAUGCCAAUCGUGCCAAAAACAUCAAGAACAAGCCCAGAGUGAAUGAGGAUCCCAAAGACGCUUUACUCAGGGAGUUUCAAGAAGAAAUUGCCAGGCUGAAGGCGCAGCUUGAAAAGAGAGUGAUUGGCAAAAGACGAAAAAGAGGCAAAAGAAGACCCGACGGAGAGGCAGGAGGGGAGGAUGACGAUGAAGGAGAUUCUUACGAAGGGGAAGAUGAGGUGGAAGACAAAGAAGAUUAUUGGAGGGAGCAGCAGGAGCGCCUGGAAUCAGAGAAGAAGGCUGUUCUAGAAGAUCACAGUUUGGUGGCAGAGGAGAAACUCAAGCUGUUGAAGGAGAAGGAGAGAAAAAUGGAUGAUUUAAAAAGAGAAAAGGAAGCCAUGGAGAUGCUAAGCGCCAAAGUAAAAGCCAUGGAAAGCAAGCUUCUGGUGGGAGGAAAGAACAUCGUAGAUCACACCAACGAGCAGCAGAAGAUUCUAGAGCAGAAGCGACAUGAGAUUGCCGAGCAGAAACGGCGCGAGAGAGAAAUGCAACAGCAGGUGGAGAGUCGGGACGAGGAGACUCUGGAGCUUAAAGAAACUUACAGCUCUUUACAGCAAGAGGUGGAUAUAAAGACCAAGAAACUGAAAAAGCUCUUUUCCAAGCUGCAGGCAGUGAAAGCCGAGAUCCACGAUCUUCAGGAGGAGCACAUCAAGGAGCGCCAGGAGCUGGAACAGACGCAGAAUGAACUCACCAGGGAGCUGAAGCUGAAACAUCUAAUUAUUGAGAAUUUUAUACCCAUGGAGGAGAAAAACAAGAUGAUGAACAGGGGAUUUUUUGAUGAGGAAGAAGAACAAUGGAAACUUCACCCGAUCACCAGGCUGGACACUCAGCAGAUGAUGAAGCGGCCGGUGUCUGCCGUGGGAUACAAGAGGCCGUUGAGUCAGCAUGCCAAGGUGUCCAUGAUGGUGAAGCCUUAUCCCAGGUACAGGGCGGAAAACAUUUUACUGCUUGAGCUGGACAUGCCGAGUCGCACGACGCGAGAUUACGAGGGUCCCGCGGUGGCUCCCAAGGUCCAGGCAGCUUUAGAAGCAGCCCUGCAGGAUGAAGACGACAUCCAGGUCGACGCUUCUACGUUUGAAAGCUCAAGCAGCAAAAGAACGAAAGCCAGACCUAAAAGUGGCCGACGUGCGGUCUCUGCUGCCGGAUCUUCACUCUUUCCGCAGUCCAGGGGUCUGGUUCCCAAAUAACUCCGGGACGCGUUGCACCUUUCGGGCACAGAUAUU